AUGCUGCGAACUCAACAAGUGAUGUCAUGUAUUGAGGAGCAAGUGUUGCGAUUAUUGAGAGAAUUAACGAUGAAUACUGAGGAAAUGAAGGAGAGAUCUUCUCAAUCCGUGUUGCCCGCAGGCCUAGCUUGUUCAGAGCAUGAGGAAGAACGGAAGAGAAGGGAAUUAACGUCGGAGCAACAACUUGGCAUUGAUUAUCAUGAAGGUCAACCUGAAAAUCAAGUAAGGAAGAGCACAGAGCAGCCACCAUUAUCAGAGAGGUGCAUCUUUUUUGCAUUGAAGGAUCUCUUUAAUGCUCACUCAGCAUUGCGUUUUGUUUCUAAACUUCAAUUAAUGCAUCUCAUUCUCCAACUUUGCGUUUACCAUAAAUUCUCCACGAAACGAGACAUGUUCUAUUGCAUGAAACCUUUAAUGAAAACCCAAACACAAUGCAACCAGGUGUUGAAGGAACUCUCUGAAAACUGGAAUGUCCAUAGGCACGACUUGCAUGUUGUACCACAAUCCAGAGGAGAAGUGUGUGGACACGUUAGUUUUGUUCAACUGAGUUUGAAUGAUGUAGUGGGUGCGAGCACGAACGAAACAUUGACGAGAAAUGCAACCGAUAGUCGAGUGAUUAAUGCUGCAUUGCAUAUCAGUGCUCUGUCUACAUGUUCUAUUCCUUCCAUUCCUCACUUACAGAUUAUUGGUUUUGAUAUUCCUCUCGAAGUGGACUCACUGCUCAUCGUAGAGAAGGAAUCUGUGUUCCAACAGCUCAAGCAAACACUUGAGGACAAGAUCGAAUUGCGAAAAUAUAUUCUUAUCACUUCCAAGGGCUAUCCAGACGUGCCAACAAGAGAUUUUAUUGUCACUCUAGUUACCUAUGUCGCCAAGUAUCAGAAGAGAGCACUCAAGAUUUAUCUAUUUACUGAUGGGGAUCCAUUUGGAGCAGAAAUCGCCCAUGUUUACAUUCAUGGCUCCAAGUCUUUCAAGAACGAAAAGAAAUACCUAACUUUACUUCACGCAGAAUGUGAAGAAGCUUGCAAAUACUGGCUAAUGCAGACUUAUUUGAAUAUUCAAUGGAUUGGAGUUCAUUUGGAAGAGUUUUUGCUUGAAAAUAGAGACCGAGGUAAAUUGGAGUUGAAUCCUCAAUAUAAGAGUUGUCUUCUCCCCUUAGAUACCAACGAUCACGGCAAGAUUGAUUCUCUUUUGAGUAGCUUGAGCGAAUUUGAACACUCUUGCUGUGAAAUGUUAUCUCGUCAGCUUUGUUUCAUGAAAGAAUAUUGUUGUAAGGUUGAAAUUGAAGCCUUGUCAUUUGCAAGGGUUGAUUAUUGGACUUACAUUCUGGGAAAGACUUCUCUCUAG